GUUUAGAUGAACAGUUCCCAUUGUCACCAGUUGUCCUUGUCUCCUCCCUCUUGUACCCUUGCCUCUGUUCCGGCCCUGUAUCACUUGCCCCACAAAUGCCCUUGUGACGGCUGCAAGUUUUUUGCUGAGCUCGAAUGGGCUGUCUGGGGCCAAAUAAAUUGCUCUGGAACUCUUUUCAACCUGUUACUAGUUUGCUACUAUUGGCAGUGUGGUUAGAAAAGAACAUUGUUUUAUUAGUGUGCAUUAAUCACACAUAAUGGAUUUCAUUAUGACACUUUGAUUCAGCUCUCUGGCACAGCUGGGUAUUCUGGUGUCAGAAGAAAAGAGAAGAGCCUUUCUGAAGAUCCGGUCCAGGGGACAGAAGAAAUUUGGAGCAUAUUCCAAAGGUGCAGCAAGGAACAUCGACAACAGUCCUCAGAAUCCAGACAAACUUCCUGGCUUUGUGUCUCUUUUCAGUUGUUCAGAGCUUGGGUUUUGCUAGAGGAUGAUGAGACAAGGCACUAAGAGGGCGAAGAGGAGUAUAUUGGAUCCCUGCCUCUCCUUCCAGCUGGAAAAAUCUUGAGCCCACCAGAAGCAUUAUAAAGAAGACUGAAGAGCUUAUCUUCCUUAGCCUGGUCCCGGAUGCUGUUGAGUUGAGGAGUCCCAUCUGUUUCACCAGGACUUUGGGGAAGCACUUUCAAAAGCAUAGAAGGAAGCAGGACUUAAGGACUUGUCUGCAUUGGUCAUGUGCCAAGUUACAUUUUGAACACCGGGGCAAGUGAGGAUCUAAAGGGGACCUAAAUUCUUUGAGCAUAUGUGAUGCUUGGGAGAUUACAAAAUCAGUCUUCCAGUAUAAACAAACUUCUGAAUUCUUUUCUUUUGAGGGCUUCAGCAAACACAAGUUCCCUGCCAAAAAAAGAUUAAGGCCUUUUUUAUUUAUUUAUUUUUUAAUGAGUGCUUUUGGGGCUAAUGUGAACAAUAAUGUCUUGGAAAAGAAAUUAUUUUUCAGGAAGCCGUGGUAGUGUUCAAGGGAUGUUUGCACCUCGAAGCUCAAUGUCUAUUGCCCCCAGCAAAGGCCUCAGCAAUGAGCCAGGGCAAAACAGCUGCUUCCUCAACAGUGCCCUACAGGUUUUGUGGCACUUGGACAUCUUCCGCCGUAGCUUUCGGCAGCUUACCACUCACAAGUGCAUGGGCGACUCUUGCAUCUUCUGUGCUCUCAAGGGCAUUUUUAAUCAGUUCCAGUGUAGCAGUGAAAAAGUGCUUCCCUCGGACGCUCUCCGCAGUGCUCUGGCAAAGACUUUCCAGGAUGAGCAACGCUUCCAGCUGGGAAUCAUGGAUGAUGCUGCAGAGUGCUUCGAAAAUCUCCUGAUGAGAAUUCACUUCCACAUUGCGGAUGAAACCAAAGAGGAUAUAUGUACUGCCCAACACUGCAUUUCUCACCAGAAAUUUGCAAUGACAUUGUUUGAGCAGUGUGUAUGCACUAGCUGUGGUGCCACUUCCGACCCCCUGCCCUUCAUCCAGAUGGUGCAUUACAUCUCUACUACUUCCCUGUGUAACCAGGCUAUUUGUAUGCUGGAAAAACGAGAGAAACCGUCACCAAGUAUGUUUGGUGAACUGCUUCAGAACGCCAGCACCAUGGGGGAUCUGCGGAACUGUCCGAGCAACUGUGGGGAGAGGAUCCGGAUCCGCCGAGUGUUGAUGAACGCACCACAGAUUAUCACAAUUGGACUGGUUUGGGACUCAGACCAUUCAGACUUGGCAGAGGAUGUCAUCCACAGUCUGGGUACCUGCCUUAAGCUGGGUGAUCUGUUUUUCAGAGUGACAGAUGACCGGGCCAAACAGUCUGAACUAUACUUAGUAGGAAUGAUCUGUUACUAUGGCAAACAUUAUUCUACAUUCUUUUUUCAAACAAAGAUCAGAAAAUGGAUGUAUUUUGAUGACGCUCAUGUUAAAGAGAUUGGUCCGAAAUGGAAGGAUGUGGUAACCAAAUGCAUCAAAGGGCAUUAUCAGCCCUUACUGCUGCUUUAUGCAGAUCCCCAGGGUACCCCAGUGUCUACCCAGGACCUGCCUCCCCACGCUCAGUUCCUGUCAUACACCAAGACAUGCUACGAUAGUGAAGAUUCAGGAAGGGAGCCUUCCAUCUCAAGUGACACUCGAACAGAUUCCUCAACGGAGAGCUAUCCCUACAGACAUUCUCACCAUGAGUCUGUGGUCAGUCACUUCUCUUCUGAUUCUCAGGGGACAGUCAUCUAUAAUGUGGAGAAUGAUUCCAUGUCUCAGAGCAGUCGGGACACAGGGCACUUGACUGAUAGUGAAUGUAAUCAGAAGCACACAUCGAAGAAAGGGUCUUUGGUAGAGCGCAAGAGGAGUUCUGGCCGUGGUAGGAGGAAAGGCGAUGAGCCACAGGCCUCCGGGUACCACAGUGAAGGAGAAACACUGAAAGAGAAGCAGGCUCCUAGGAGCGCCUCCAAGUCUAGCAGCACAAGCAGGCUGAAGGAUUUCAAAGAGACAGUCAGCAAUAUGAUCCAUAGCAGGCCUUCCUUGGCUUCUCAGACCAAUGUAGGAUCUCCCUGUGCGGGCAGGGCAGGAGACCAGCCAGACAAGACACCACCAAGGAACUUGCCUUUACACUCUCGGGACUGGGAAACUGAGAGUACCAGUAGUGAGGCAAAAUCCAGUUCUUCCAGCAAGUAUCGCCCAACAUGGAGACCCAAACGAGAGUCUUUGAAUAUUGACAGCAUUUUUAGUAAGGACAAAAGGAAGCAUUGUGGCUACACCCAACUUAGAACCUUUUCUGAAGAUUCAGCUAAAGAAUUUACGCCAGAUGAAAUAAGCAAGCCACCUGCUUAUGACAUUCAAGCUGGUGGACCAAGCUCCCAGCAUAAACCCUGGAGUGCAGCCCGGCCAGGCUCUCAUCUUUUAGAGCAGCAUCCACGCCUAAUCCAGCGGAUGGAGUCUGGCUAUGAGAGCAGUGAGAGGAACAGCAGCAGCCCUGUCAGCUUGGAUGCAGCCCCUCCUGAGAGCUUGAAUGUCUACAGGGAUCAAAGCACAAAGAGACCAGGGUUUGUCCCUUCUUGGCGUCAUAUCCCAAAGUCCCACAGCAGUAGCAUCCUGGAGGUAGACUCCACAGCAUCCAUGACUGGCUGGACAAAGACUCAUCCUCUCUCAGGUGGGGAGAUCACCUCUAAAAGUGAGCUGGAUGAACUACAGGAAGAAGUGGCCAGGCGGGCCCAGGAACAGGAACUUCGAAAGAAACGGGAGAAGGAAUUAGAGGCUGCUAAAGGGUUUAACCCUCAUCCCAGCAGAUACAUGGACUUGGAUGAACUGCAGAAUCAGGUGCUGACCCUUUCAGGGAGGAGUGACGGCUUUGAAAGGUCCUUGCAAGAGGCAAAUUCAGUAUUUGAAGAGUCGCUGCAUCUGGAACAAAAGGGAGACUGUGCUGCAGCUUUGGCUCUCUGUAACGAAGCUAUCUCUAAACUAAGACUUACCCUGCAUGGUGCCAGCUCUAGCACGCACAGCAGAGCCCUAGUCGAUAAGAAGUUGCAAAUCAGUAUUCGAAAAGCACGAAGCCUGCAGGAUCGCAUGCAGCAGCAACCAUCAUCGCAGCAGCCGGUGCAGCCCUCAGCCUCUCUCCCACCACAGGGGGGCGCCCUCCCUCAGCUGACAAGUGAGCAGCCUGUCCCGCUCCAAGUAUUGUUAAACCAGGAGGCACAGCUGGAUCCCUGCCGGGAAACAGAGUGUGGGGCCAGUUCUACCUUCUUCCACUCACCUGCUUCCUGCCAUGAGUCACACCCAUCCCUCCCCCUGGAGUCGCCUGUUUCCUCUGUUUCACAGCACAGUUCCCCUAGUAGAUCUUUGAAGCUUCUGACCUCAUUUGAGGUGGACAGCAUUAAUCCCUCUGCAUUCCCCAGGCAGGAGUUACCUACAACAGCAGGUAGAAUUGAGAGGAAUUCUCAGCAUGAAUGCCUGCCACUGGAUGCCCUUGAAGAUAAGCUCCAAGGCCACAGGGAGGACAGCAGCAGCUGCAGCAAAUUCCCACCACCAGAAGGGAGAGACAUAGUUGGAGAUAGGCUGUUCGAAGAAAAGAAGCGCCCUGUUGACACAUCCAUGGUGGUGCCUUGGUCCCAUUCAACAGGAGAAGCCACUUCUGAGAUAGUUAUACAUAGCCUAAAUAGUCCUUCAGGUUCAUCAGCUCAGCCUAGUAUUCCUCCUUACAGAGCCUGCCACCCCAUAAUGUCUGCUGCUUCUUCACCUGAGCUUCAUGCUACUGACCCCAUGCAGAAACUUAACCAACAUCUUCAAGCCCAAAGUCUCCAAACUUCAUUGACUUCAAAGGUGGUCAGAGGCAGUGAGGAGCCCUAUAGGCCAGAGUUUCCCAGUACAAAAGGACUUGUCCGCUCAUUGGCAGAGCAGUUCCAGAAGAUGCAGAAUACCUCCAUGAGGGAUGUUAUAGGUUCCCAGGAUCGAAGUUUGCCAAAUGGUCUAAGGAAGAACUCUCCUUCUGACUUGAUGCCUCCAUUACACCAGGGUCCAGGAAAAGACCACUGUCACUGGGUAAAACAGCAGCCUUCUCUAGAUGGCAGGGAAAGACUGCCCUCCUGGGAAGAUGCUGCUGAUCAUCCUCCUCUUGCCAUGGACUCUGGGCUUCCCAAUGGAGACACCGCUGGAAGAGGACAGCCCAGGUUGGCUGAGCCACAUAUAUACCAAGGAAGGCUAUCCCAAGUGACAGAUACUAGGCCUAAGGAGCUGGGUAGCAGUGUCAUCUUGGGGACUUCUUUGCCUUUGGAUUCCUGGGUAAACGUCACAAGGCUCUGUGAUUCUCAGGUUAAACACAGGGGCCCUGGGCCAGGAAUCAAGUCCUCCUCCCAUGAUUCCCAUACAUGUGUAACCUACCCAGAGAGAAAUCACAUCCUUUUGCAUCCACACUGGAACCAAGACACAGAGCAGGAGACCUCUGAAUUGGAGUCUCUCUACCAAGCCAGUCUUCAGGCCUCUCGAACUGGCUGUUCUGAAUGGAGGUCACAGGAUGUGGCUUGGCAGCCUCUUAACCAAACAGGCUUUGCAGAUGGCGUGGGGAGGAGACUGCACUCAGCCCCUGGUCUUGAUCUCUCAAAGACUCCAACAGCAGAGAUGGAGCAUGCUCUUCAUGGACCGAGCCCAGCGCCUGUCUCUCAGGACUCAUCAAACGUGAGGAAAAAGACUUUGGAAACCGGGCACCAUUGUUCCAGCUCCUCCUCCCUCCCUGUCAUCCAUGACCCUCCUGUAUUGCUCCUUGAUCCUAAACUCUACCCUCCCCAACCAAAGUUCCUGUCCCCUGAUGUUCUGAUGCCCAGCACGGCAGGGGAGCCCUAUAGACCCCCAGGAUCUUCGAGGAGUGUCCCACAGUUUCUGGCUAUGUGUGACAGGGAUGAAACUCCCCAAGGGGUCAAGUACACAGGAAGGACUUUGAACUACCGAAGUCUACCCCAUCGUUCCAGAACUGAUGCUUCCUGGGGACUGGGGUCAGAGACCAACCAGCAUGUUGGGACCAGAGUCCUAACUACGCCAGCAUGCAAGCCUCAGCUAACCUACACUGCCACACUACCAGAACGAAGCCAGGGCCUUCACGUUCCUCAUGCUCAGUCCUGGGGGAGUCUUUUCCAUUCACCCUCACAGCCUCCUGCUGUUCACCCAGUGUCCUCACCAUCCAGCAGUCUUCAUUUACCCCUUAAGUCAGCUUGGAAUUCAGGUCCUGGCCUGGGGUCUCGAACACCUGGCCCUCGAAGAAUAGAUAUGCCCCCAGAUGAUGACUGGAGACAGAGCACUUACCCCUCCCAGCGUAGGCAAAGGAGGACUGAUGAGGAGAGAAUUACGUUUCUUCUAUCAAAUGCCCCUGGAAGAGAGCAGAACAGGGCAAGAUUUCUCCCGCACAGCAGGUGGUAAGGACCACCCUCCCUUUCCUGGAGCCACACCUUUCUCUAUAAAGCUGUACCAUGGCAGAGUUGAAACCUGCCAGUUACGCUGUGAUCAUCUCAACGUAGAAUUGGCACCUUCAGUCCAUCAUCAUAUGCCUGUACUCCCAGCAGCUGGGAGCUAGAGGCAGGAGAAUCAGCAGUUCAAGGCCGGAGACUGGGCUAAAAGAGACUGCUUUACCAAGCAAAAUCACCACAACAAAAGAAUUGGCUUUUCCUAAGGGUGUUUGCUUCUUUGAGAGGGAAUGUUUGAAAUUCCAGCUUUAGAGCUGGGACUGUAGCUCAGUUGGUAGAGUGUUUUCCUAACAUGCACAAAGCCCAGGGUUAGAUCCUUAGCACCAUGUAAAACUGGGCAUGGUGGUGCACACCUGUAAUCCUAGCACAUGGGAGGUGGAGGCAGGAGGAUCAGAAGUUCAGGUUCAUCCUUGGCUACAUAGCAAGUUCUAGGCUAGUCUGUGCUACAUAAGACCCUGGGGGGCGGGGGGAGGCGGGGAGGUGAGAAAAGAGAAAAGAAAACUCAGAACUUUGGCUCCUCUAACCAAUGGAAGCAGCUGAUGCUUCAGACUUGAUUUGAGCCACUUUAACGUUGAACCUAUUUUAUUCCUCUGGACACCUGCUGUUCCUUAGUGUUUAAGACAUUACUUCAUUCUUGGUUCCUUUUAUACCCUGAUCCCCAGCUGAGCCCUCAUCUUUUGGUCCCUACUAUAUUCCCUACUUAUACUUAGUGCCUGGACUCUUUCUUCCCUGCCGUCAUGAUUCUGACUGCAUCUGGAUGGGAAGCCCAGCUGCCAGGUAUUACGGCUGUCAGCCUUCCUCGUGACUCAGACUUUAGGCCUAGAAUGUGGAGCUGCCGAUAGUGUUGGCCCUUCUGAACAGAUGGAGUUGGGCACACUAACACCCUCCUGUCCUCAGCAGCACAGCCAUUACUGCCACCUGCUCAUCGCUGUUGUAAACUCUCAGAGUCAGCUAAACUAUUUUAGGGCAAAGCAUACUGUUUUUGUAAAGUAUUUUUCAUUAAUAAAUCUAUAAGAUAGUUCUAUUUAA